AUGGGGUUCUUUACCACUCCAGAGUCGUCCCAGGACUCAACGCGGCAAACAACGCCAGAGAGCCCCGGCGAGCUGCUCGUCACAUCCCCUUACACCACUCCCGAGCAUCUCCUCAACCUGUCGACCCUGGAUAAUGAAAAUGCACUCUUCGCCAAGGCCUUGACCAGCCUCCGCGCUACGCGAGACGACUACGCCACCGCUUCUUACCUGGAAUCUUUCAACUGGACCGAAGUCAUGGAUAAGCUACGGCAGUCCGCCGAGCUCGACCAGGUCGACUCGCAAGACGCCAACUUUGCGGAAACAUCCUUCUUCAUCGUCGCGUUCCGGUCACGGAUCCCACCGACUACGGUGUACGAGGACCUGGGGAUCCUGGAUGAGGGCGCACACGCCGAGGCGGUAGCGUGUGGCGGGUUCUUAAAGUACUGGUUCGGUCACCCAGAUUCAGACGGUCGGAACCUCGCCACGUGCGUCUGGCGCUCGAGGGAUGAUGCCAUCCGCGCAGGCCAUACCCCGGGUCAUAAACGGGCGGCGAGGGCCACUGCGUCCAUGUAUUCACACUGGAAGAUCGAUAGGCACAGGCUGGUCGUAGGCCCUGGCGCGAAGGAGUGGAAGCUCAUCGACUGGAGCGAUGAUUACAUCCCGGGCCAGUGA